CGAAAGAGAACAUUGCUUGUGAAAAUUCGAUCCGGUCAGAACAUUGAUAACAAAUAAAAACAACUAGGUUGAUUAGUAAUGUAAUGUUAUCUGCUUAGUCAGAUUAAAAUUGGUUUAAACCUCGGAGUCUAUGAUAAAGAAAACCAUCGAAUUAAUGCUUUCUGUUUGAAAAUAUGUAUGUGUCCACAAAUCAAAGUGAACAGUGCAGGAAGCAGUAGAGCAGAAACUGCGAAUUUUUUAACAAAACAUUUUCGCAACAAGUUUGCGGAAAAUUUGUGCGUUGUGUCGAGGGAUGAAUGUGGAACUUCGUGAUUUUGAAAUUAGUGACUCCGAGGCAGAAUUACUGAUAGCACCUUCCGGUGGAGGUCGCACGACCAACAAAACAUACGGCGGAGUUUCAUUGCGCAGUCGAAGAAAGCCAUUCAAGCUGGGGAAUUUUCUGAAAAAUUUGUGCUGCUGCUGGUGCUGGGCCUGGCGGAAAUGGUGCGCUUCCAAGGAGCUAAAACCAAGGACGAUCCUUAUAGGUCGUCCGACAGCGGAAAAGUUCCCUGCGAACGAGAUACGCAACCAGAAAUACAACUUUUUCACCUUUCUUCCUCUGGUGCUCUUCGAACAAUUUCGGUUCUUUCUGAAUCUGUACUUUCUCAUCAUGGCCGUCAGUCAGUUCAUACCGGAUAUUAGGAUCGGCUAUUUGUACACCUAUUGGGGCCCGCUCGGAUUCGUGCUGGCAGUGACGAUAUGUCGUGAGGCGGUCGAUGAUUUGCGACGACACCAACGGGAUCGGGAAGUGAAUUCCCAGAAGUAUAAGCGUUUCGCGAGCGCCGAGAAACCACCGGAGCUUGUCUCGUCCUCGAAGCUGAAGGUCGGAGAUAUCAUCAUGGUGGAGAAAGAUGAACGCGUUCCAGCCGAUUUGAUAUUGUUGAGGACGAGUGAUAAAAGCGGGGCAGUGUUUGUGAGAACCGACAUGUUGGAUGGUGAAACCGACUGGAAACUACGUCUAGCUAUACCCGCUACACAGAAACUAAUCUCGCACAGUGAUCUGUUAAACGUAGGCGCUUCCCUAUACGUAGAGAAACCACAACGGGACAUUCACACUUUUAUUGGAACCUUCUCGAAGCUCGAAGGAUCCGAGGACGAAGGGCUGAAUGUGGAAAAUACGCUGUGGGCUAAUACGGUCGUGGCAUCGGGCACUGCUAUUGGCAUCGUGAUCUACACAGGUCCGGAAACACGAAGCGUUAUGAACAAUUCCCAGCCCCGCUCGAAGGUGGGACUGUUAGACAUUGAAAUCAAUGGUCUGACAAAGGUGCUGUUCUGCGCCGUCAUUGGACUAUCAUUCGUUAUGAUGUGUCUGAAGGGUUUCAAUGGUCCCUGGUAUCGGUACAUGUUCCGAUUUGUGUUGCUGUUCUCGUACAUUAUUCCAAUCAGCCUGAGGGUGAACUUGGACAUGGGGAAAGCGUUUUACUCUUGGCAGAUGCAAAACGAUGACGAGAUCCAAGGGACUGUAGUUCGUUCGACAACGAUCCCGGAAGAAUUGGGAAGAAUAUCUUACCUAUUAACCGAUAAAACGGGUACGCUAACGCAGAAUGAAAUGAUUUUCAAGAAAAUCCACGUUGGAACGGCCGCCUACGGUAGGGAUACAUUUCCGAUGGUGUCAGCAGCAAUUCAGUCUGUAUACAACAGCAUUGCGGUACAGGGUGAAUCCUCGCCGUCGAGACCAUCCGGUUAUCAGCCGCGUCUUAGGAAACCGGAUGGUUGGCGAAUUUGGGAAUCGGUAAAAGCUUUGGCAUUGUGUCACAAUGUAACACCUGUGUACGACAACGGGAAUGGAGGAAGCGGAAUGAAUGGAGGCUCUGAUCGUAGAAACUCGCCUUCCAGAUCGAUUUCGGUAGAAGCACCAGAAUCAAUGCGACUGAUGGAGAAAACAUACCAGGCUUCUAGUCCAGAUGAGAUUGCGCUUGUCAAGUGGACUGAGUCGGUGGGUUUAACGCUGAUUAAUCGGGACUUGAAUCAUAUGACGCUGCAAGUUCAGGAAAAAGAAUCUCAUCGUUCUUCGAUGAAUGAGAAUGCAUCGAUCAACACUACAGUUACCAAUCUGUCGGUCAACUCUAAGACCGACCUCAACUCGCCCUCUAACUCAGGCAGCAACACCUCGCUGAACUCGAUUGCGAGUGGUAUUAUGAAGUAUCAAAUUCUCCAAACUUUCCCCUUCACAAGCGAAAACAAACGCAUGGGUAUUAUAGUGAAAGAGUUGAACAGCGGUGAAAUAACAUUUUAUCUGAAAGGUGCUGACGUUGUGAUGUCUGGCAUUGUACAGUACAACGAUUGGCUUGCUGAGGAGAGUGGUAAUAUGGCUCGCGAGGGUCUUCGUACGCUGGUUGUAGCGAAAAAAGUUCUAACUGAGGAUCAGUAUAACGACUUCGAGACAAGAUACAACGCUGCUAAAGUGAGUGUGGCGGAUCGAGUAACAAAAGUUUCCGCGGUAAUUGAAAGUUUGGAGCGGGAGAUGGAACUGCUGUGUUUGACGGGAGUAGAAGACAGACUACAAGACAGGGUACGGCCGACACUUGAGCUACUAAGAAACGCGGGUAUCAAAAUCUGGAUGUUGACCGGAGACAAACUUGAAACGGCCACAUGUAUUGCCAAAAGCUCACAUCUUGUCGGUAGGAAUCAGAACAUUCACGUGCUGAAAAGUGUCCUGACAAGAACGGACGCUCACUUGGAGUUGAAUCAAUUUCGACGCAAACAGGAUUGUGCGCUAGUAGUAUCUGGCGAGAGCUUGGAAAUAUGCCUGCAAUACUAUCAACCAGAGUUUAUGGAAUUGGCGAUCGCUUGCCCUGCGGUAGUAUGCUGCCGAUGCAGUCCCACACAAAAGGCGCAAGUCGUUUCACUGAUUCAGAAAUAUUCCGGAAAACGAACUUGUGCCGUCGGCGAUGGUGGCAACGAUGUUAGUAUGAUUCAACAGGCAGAUGCGGGCAUUGGUAUAGAGGGACGUGAAGGCAAACAAGCUUCUUUGGCGGGUGACUUUAGUAUACCCCAGUUCUCGCAUAUUGCCAAGUUGUUGAUAGUGCACGGUCGUCGAUCGUAUAAACGUUCGGCCGCUCUAUCACAGUUCGUGAUUCAUCGGGGUCUGAUCAUAUCGACGAUGCAAGCUGUUUUCUCAGCAGUCUUCUAUCUCUCCUCCGUGGCCUUAUACCAGGGAUUCUUAAUGGUAGGUUAUGCGACGCUGUACACGAUGUUUCCCGUGUUUUCGCUUGUCCUCGAUCAGGAUAUUAGUUCGAACAUUGCACUGACCUAUCCGGAGCUAUACAAGGAAUUGUCGAAGGGCAGAAGUUUAAGUUACAAAACGUUCUUCAUGUGGGUGUUGAUCAGCAUUUAUCAAGGUGGUGUCAUUAUGUAUGGCGCGUUGAUAUUGUUUGAGGACGAAUUCAUUCACAUCGUGGCAAUCAGCUUUUCUGCACUUAUCUUGACUGAGCUGAUUAUGGUUGCACUAACCAUCCGAACAUGGCACAAAUUGAUGGUACUGGCGGAGCUCUUCAGUUUGGUCCUAUAUAUAAUCUCUCUAGCUGUGCUGCACGAGUAUUUCGACUGGGAGUUCAUCUGGUCGUGGGAAUUUCUGUGGAAGGUCCUAGUGAUAACGCUUGUCUCCUGUCUGCCCCUUUACAUCCUGAAAUUUCUACGGAAGAAGUUCUCGCCACCAUCGUACUCAAAGCUGUCUUAAACUACCGUAAACAGACAGAACAUGGUUUCGUUAAACAACUUACACACCAGGGCAAGAAGGAAAGCUAAAAUCAGCAGUGGGGCUAAGAUGACUUAGCCUAUAGUCUUCAUGAAACAUUAAUUAAGUUUUUCGUCGUCCACUCAUAUAGAAUGUUUUGUUAACGCACUAUUUCAAUUCUAGCCAAAGUAUUAUAUCAUAUUUACUACGUUUGUAUUUUCUUUUUUGUUCAUUCAUUUCUCAGUUGCGUUGGAAGCCUGUUAUGUUUCCAUUGGCUUAUCAGUUGUGGUAUGUUGUUCCCUAGCGAUGCGAGUUCUAUGAUCAAUCUUUGUGAUAUUACCAUACAAUUUGCGUUGUCAUUUAUGAAAAACACUGUUUCUUACCUUCUUUUUACUGCUCGAAUGAAUUCGAUCAAUCUUUUUUACAGUGUUUUAGCAAAUAGGUGUUUUUCUACUGGAAUUUUUAUAAAGCAUAAUAUGCAUCCGCGUUCCGACUAAAAUGAAUAUCAAUACCAGUAUGAAAUUAGUAAUGUGAAUAAAAACAACAGCAAAUCGUUCUACGUUUGUUAAUAGGAAUAACAGUUAUUAUUUAUUCGUGUAACGCUUGUAAACACAGUAAGGUUUGAAGCGUGGUCAAUCUAACAAUUACGGAAGAGUGAAACGAACAUGGAAACGACACGAUAGAGACUAACGAUAAUAACAAAUAAUAUAAAACAUAUAUUUUACUAAAUCGA